AUGGCUAGGACAUACACCUUCUACAACCUACGCAUCAUCCUGGUCCUGACCCUGGGCAGUCUUACCUUUGGGUACGGCUUCUCCGUCAUCUCAAACACCAUCGGGCAGCCCGGCUUCAUCCAAUACUUCAACCUCAAAGCCAACUCGGACUACACCAACGCCAUCACCGGCACCAUCAAUGGCCUGUAUUGUGCAGGAGCACUGUUUGGGGCGCUGCAUGUGGGCUGGAUGUGCGAAGCCCGCGGCAGAAAGGAGACCAUGUAUUUGGCGUCGGCCGUCAACGUCGUGGGCGGUGCCCUCGAGACGGGCUCCGUCAACAUGGCCAUGUUCCUGGUUUCGCGCUUCAUUGCGGGUACUGGAAUAGGCAUGAUGGUAGUUUUGAUUCCCAUCAUGCAAUCUGAAAUCUCACCUCCCAACGCGCGAGGCUUUCUCGUCGGCCAACACGGCACCUGGAUUGUCUUGGGAUACGCCAUUGCCGGCUGGGUGGGCGCUGGCACGUAUUACUCGUCGAACCUUUCCUUCCAAUGGCGAUUCCCCAUCUCUUUGUCCAUCAUCCCGCCCCUUGCGUUGGCCGUGUGUGGUCCCUGGAUCCCGGAAUCCCCUCGUUGGCUGCUCACCCGAGACCGACGCGAGGAGGCCUGGAAUAUCGUCAGGCGGCUGCACGGUGGCGCAGCCGAGGACGAAGCAGGUCUCCAAUAUGCGCGCGAGGAAUUCUACCAAAUGACCGAGCAGGUGCGAGUAGACGCGGCCGCGUGGAAGCAGUGGGGAUGGCGCGGCAUGUUCACAAACAAGACCUACCGGAAGCGCUUCUGGAUGGGUUUCUUCAUCCAGUAUGCCGCACAAUCGACGGGUGCCCAGGUGAUCUACGUCUCAGCUUGCACUGACUCUUAUGCUGGGUGGGGAUGGGGUUUGUCAGUAUACAUUGUAUCCCUGUACCAGAAUCUCGGACUCACCGGCGGAGUGCCCUUGAUUUUGGGAGCAGCCUAUGUCACCGUCGCGACCAUUUCCAACUUCAUUGGGGCGCUGCUCUUGGACAGAGUAGGACGAAAACCACUUCUGCUCGCCGGCCUCACCGGAUGCAUGCUGUCGGUGUGCCUGGAAACCGCCAUGAUAGCCGAGUAUGCGGGUACCACCAACAAGGCCGGGUUGUCCAUGGGGGUGUUCUUCUCCUUCUGCUUCAUCAGCUUCUAUGGGGGUGGCAUCGAUGUGGGCGUGGCCUGGUCUCUCGCCGGGACAUUUCUCUCGACGUUGGUCUAUGUCGAGGCUGCGCCGACGGCCUUGGCAAACAUCAAAUGGAAAUACUAUAUUGUCUUCAUCUGCCUGACCUUUGUCAACAUCUGGAUCUUUUACUUUUGGUGUCCCGAGACUCGAGGCAAGUCGCUGGAAGAGAUCAAUGCCUUGUUUGGUGACGAGGUGGUGGUACAUUUUGCGGAUGCGACCGAGAUGCAAAGGCACGAAUUAACCGCAAAGGUAUUGGCACAGGACGACAAACACGAGUUCGCCUCGGGGGGUGGAGCUAGCGUAGGAGAGGUGAGUACAAAGAUGGCGUUGAAAGUCUAA